AUGAGAGAGAUAGGAAGGGUUAUUCGCACGUAUGCGAGCGAUAGACACCAUACGUGGGACCGGAUAAUACCUAGAUUACAAACAGUAAUAAACGCGACGGAGCACGCCAGUACGGGCUAUGCACCGGACGUGUUACAUAGAGACAAGGAGAUUCAACUGAAUAUCCACCCAGAUCUCAAACCGACAGAGGUACAUGGACUGACACGUAAUGAACGAAUCGCGAAAGCCCGAGAGAAUUUGCGAAUGGCAGCAAAAAAAAGACUGAAACAGUUCGAGAAGACGACUACAGCACCGGAAUACCGUGUGGGGGAUCUAGUGUGGUGCAAACUCCACAGGAGAUCGGAUGCAAACCGGAGGCUGACGAGGAAGAUUCAUUUGGUGUAUCGAGGGCCAUAUAGAAUCAAGACAUAG